AUAAGCCACGAGCCACUAGCUCUCUUUGCAGUUUGACCUUAUCCUGAUACGUAAGAGGCAAGCGCUGGUCUAAGCCCAGACAGGAGGGGAGCGCCAGGGCUGCAGCAGCGGCUGAGCACAGCACCCACAACACAUUUGUUGCAUGAGAGAUGGAGAUCAUAUUUGGUAGGAAUAAAGAAGAACAUCCAGAGCCCAUAAAAGCUAAGGUGCAAGGUCAGUUGCCCACAUGGUUGCAAGGGAUACUUCUCCGAAAUGGCCCGGGGAUGCACACAAUUGGGGACACGAAGUAUAACCACUGGUUUGAUGGCAUGGCUCUGCUGCAUAGCUUUACAUUUAAAAAUGGUGAAGUUUACUACAGAAGCAAGUAUCUCCGAAGUGACACAUACAACAGCAAUAUAGAAGCAAACCGAAUCGUGGUGUCUGAGUUUGGAACUAUGGCUUAUCCAGAUCCAUGCAAAAACAUAUUUGCCAAGGCAUUCUCCUAUUUGUCUCAUACCAUUCCUGAGUUCACAGACAACUGCCUCAUCAACAUUAUGAAAACUGGGGAUGAUUUUUAUGCUACUGGUGAGACUAACUUCAUCAGGAAAAUUAAUCCACAGACUCUGGAGACAUUAGAGAAGGUCGACUACACCAAAUACACAGCAGUAAAUCUGGCAACUUCUCACCCACACUAUGACAGUGCGGGAAAUAUUCUCAACAUGGGUACUUCAAUAGUUGAUAAAGGGAAGACAAAAUACAUGAUAUUUAAGAUUCCUUCCUCUGUGCCAGAAAGAGAAAAGAAGAAAUCUCGCUUCAAACAUCUGGAAGUGCUAUACUCCAUCCAUUCUCGCUCUCUGCUCCACCCAAGCUACUACCAUAGCUUUGGAAUCACAGAAAAUUACGUUGUCUUCGUAGAGCAGCCAUUCAAACUGGAUAUGGUCAAACUGGCAACUGCUUACAUGCGAGGCGUGAGCUGGGCUUCCUGCCUGGUCUUUAAUAAGGAAGAGAAGACUUGGUUUCAUUUUGUAGACAGGAGGACUAAAAAAGAAGUAUCCACCAAGUUCUAUACCGAUGCUUUGGUGCUUUUCCACCAUGUAAAUGCUUAUGAAGAGGAUGGCCACAUUGUAUUUGAUGUUAUUGCCUACACAGACAACAGCUUAUAUGAUAUGUUCUACUUAAAAAACCUGACUACAGACUUUGAAGAGAAUACCAAGCUUACCUCCAUGCCAUCCUGCAAACGAUUUGUUGUUCCUCUACAGUACGACAAGGAUGCUGCAGUAGGUUCUAAUUUAGUCAAACUUCCAUCUACUGCAACUGCUGUAAAACAGAAAGAUGGCAGCAUCUAUUGCCAGCCGGAAACCCUGUGUGAAGGGAUAGAACUGCCUCGCAUCAACUAUGACUACAAUGGCAAAAAAUACAAGUAUGUCUAUGCAACGGAAGUCAAAUGGAGUCCGGUUCCUACAAAGAUCGCAAAAUUCAAUGUCCAGACAAAGGAAAUGCUCCACUGGGAAGAGGACCACUGCUGGCCUUCUGAGCCCGUUUUUGUUCCCAACCCUGAUGCAAAAGAAGAGGAUGAUGGUAUUGUUCUGACGUGUAUUGUGGUGUCUGAUCCAAAGAAAGCACCCUUCCUGCUUGUCUUGGAUGCUAAAACUUUCAAAGAAUUGGGCCGAGCCAUAAUAGAUGUAGAACUGCAUUUGGACCUGCACGGAAUGUUUAUACCAGAGGAAGAUUCUAAGACUGAAACUCAGUAAAAUGCUACUUACUCUAUUACACAAGCUUAGCCAACUUUAUAUGGAACGGGGGAUAAUAUUUUUCAGGAACCAGUUUAUCUUAGGACAAGACAUGACUAAAUAUAAACUCUUCAAUAAUUAUAUAAAAUAUGUCAUAAGAGAUAACUUUUAUUACAAAUAAUUAUAUGCACAAAUGGUACAUAACUACUCCAAAAGAAGAAUAAUCAGUCUGAAAUGCUAAUGUUAUAUACAACUUAUGGGGCACAGAAUAGGAGACAAAUGUGACAACAGAUGAUUUAUUUGAGUAGAAUAUAGCCUUCUCAGCAAAUAAAGUACUGUAUUUAUAAGGUGAUGCAUACCAUGAGUCACAUGUGGCUGCAGCUCACGUAACUUUCAUUGACUGUUUCAAAACUGCAGCUCACAAUGAAAGUUGUCUCUUGCCAUAAAACCUCACUAUCUGCUAUGAUACUAAUAACUCGUGGCAAUGCAUUCUCUUGGUGCUUGAUUUCCUAAACUCCACCAUAACCAAAAUAUUAAACUGAGGUGCUACAACUUUCUAAUUUUGAACCUAAACCCCCCCAGCUUUGCUAAUAAAUUAAUCACUGUUUUUCCCUUUUAUGUUAACAAAAAUGAGUAACUAGAAAUAGAAUAUAUGGGUUUAUGUAGCAUUCAAUUAUACUGUAGUGCUAUUAAAUCUUAAACACUUCCUAUUUAAAUCAGUUUUCCUUGAGGAAAAUAUCUGACAUAGUAUUUCAUAUAACUAGAUGAUUACAUUGUGUGAAAGGUAAACAGAAAUGCAGUACUUAUUAGUAUUGCUUAACAGUACAUAUAUAAAUGAGAGCAGAACUCAGAUACACGAGUGCAACAAAUUGUUUACGGACAAGAGUGAAAGACCCAAUAUAAACCUCAUCUGAACUACACAGUAGCUGAAACAACAUGAUAUUGUUCCUACAGCCAAGCAUUUGCUUUAUUGUAUGCUUAGAAGCAUCCAUAUUCAGACAUGGAUUUAUCAUUGCCUGUAACAGAUGCUUCCUAAUAAAAGUACACAACUCUCAUUCAUAGUCACAAUUAAAAAGCACAUCUCAACAGAGUUCAAAUGCCAAGUAUACCGUGACUGGCUUUUGUUACAGGAAUGGCAUUUCCUAAUCAUAGAAUCAUAGAAUAGUUAGGAUUGGAAAGGACCUCAAGAUCAUCUAGUUCCAACCCCCCUGCUAUGGUGGGGUCAUUCACAUUCACAUCCCCUGAAUGUAUUUUUGUUUUCUGAUUUGGGACAUUGAUUUUUCUUUGAAUGAGA